AGUGCCGGCGGUGCCUCCGCCGCCGUCAGGUCGCGCGUGCGCGGCCGCCGGAGGCGCGCCCCGGCGGAUGGAGGCGGCGGGCGGGCUGCUGGCGCGGGCCCGGGCGCGGAGGCCGGAGGCGGUGCGGCUCCGCAAGCGCCGGUCGGUGCUGUACGGCACCCCCGGCGGAGCCGCCGGGCAGCGAGGCGCCGGCGCUGCCGGCGGGCCAGCGCCGCUUCUGGCGCUCACGGUGGCGCUGCGGGCGCUCAACUGCUUCCUCGUCCAGACCAGCUUCGUCCCGGACGAGUACUGGCAGUCGCUGGAGGUGGCGCAUCGCAUGGUCUUCAAUUAUGGCUACCUGACUUGGGAAUGGGCAAAUGGCUUAAGGGGCUAUUCGUACCCACUGAUCUUUGCGAGCAUCUACAAGGCUUUACAGCUGCUGGCUAAGGAUGACGUUCACCUGCUGAUAUGGGUCCCUAGACUUGCACAAGCAGUGCUGGCAGCUUUUGCUGAUGUGAAGCUUUACUCAUUAGUGCAACACCUUGAAAAUGCAGAAACAGCAAAGUGCGUGUACUUCUGCCAGCUGUGUUCCUGGUUUACAUGGUAUUCCUGUACCAGAACUCUAACAAACACCAUGGAGACUCUUCUUACCAUUUUUGCUCUUUCCUACUAUCCGAUAAAAGGUUCCAAGAUGGGGAGCAGUUGCAAAUAUUUAGCUUUGAUAGCACUUGCAAUUGUUAUUCGUCCCACUGCUGUCAUCCCAUGGAUACCUUUGGUCUUCAGUCAUUUUUUGCAAGAACAGAGGAAAGCAGACCUUAUCCUACACAACUGCAUUCCAGUUGGAUUGGUCACAGUAGGAACCUCUUUAAUAAUUGACCGUGUGUUUUUUGGUGAGUGGGUACUGGUUCAGCUGAACUUCUUGAAAUUCAACGUGCUGCAGAAUUUGGGAACGUUUUACGGAUCUCAUCCUUGGCAUUGGUACUUCACUCAGGGACUACCAGUCAUCUUGGGUACCCAUCUGCCUUUCUUUAUUCAUGGCUGUGUGCUGGCACCAAAAAGGUAUCGCAUCUUUCUAACGGCAGUGAUUUGGACAGUGUUGGUAUACAGCAUGCUGAGCCAUAAAGAAUUCAGGUUCAUCUAUCCAGUACUGCCAUUUUGCAUGGUUUUUUGUGGAUAUUCUUUGAAACACCUGAAAGCAUGGAAGAAGUCUGCAGCAAGUUUCCUGCUUUUAUCCAACUUACUCCCAGCUCUGUAUACAGGCUUGAUUCACCAGCGAGGCUCUCUUGAUGUUAUGAGUCACAUACAGCAACUCUGCAAUAGCUCUUACCAGUCACAAGCUUUUGUCUUCAUCAUGAUGCCAUGCCACUCUACUCCAUUUUACAGUCAUGUUCACUGUCCUCUAAAAAUGAGAUUCCUUCAAUGUCCCCCAGACCUAACUGGAAAUGAGAGCUACAUUGAUGAAGCAGAUGUAUUUUACUCUAAUCCACUUGGCUGGCUUAAUAAGGAGUUUUACAAUGAUACGUUAUUACCCAGUCACUUGAUCUUCUUCAGUGUGCUAGAACAGGAAAUAUCAUCAUUUCUAGCUUUAAGGGGCUAUGAGAGAACAGCUACUGUCUUUCACACUCAUGUACCUCAAGGACGAGUUGGAAGCCAUAUCUACGUCUACAGGAAAAAAACUGAAAUUAAUCGUACCUGAAGAUCAGUUUCUAGACUUAAGAGCUAAAUGAGAUCAGUUUUGCAUAGCAGUACUACGCUUAGAAGAUCUCGUACUGCAGAAAGGAGAGAGUAGUGAGUCUGAAAGCCGGUAAGUCAAAUGGGGAAGUCUGAUUAGGCAGCCAUUGUUUCUCUGGAAACACAUAAACCUCUUCCUGAAGGCAACUUCAGUAGCAGUAUGGCAGGGUGGGGGUGUUGACCUACCUUACAACACUAGAAAACAUCAGGCAGACCAAAGGUACCGUAUGACUACUUAAACAAUAAGAAAUUAGACAAGACUGGACCAUUUUUAUAGAACUGUACAGCUAUACCAAGUUUGUUUUAUAAAUAAAGACUUUUACCCACAA